UGCGGGGUUGAAAGGGAGAGACAGGGAGAGAGAGAGAGAGAGAGAGAGAGAGGGCGGGAGGAAGCGCAGCGGGGAAGCGAGGAGGAGAAAACCGAGUGGUGGCGGCGUUUUCGGUGUUACUCCAGAGCGCAGCCCGGCGCUUCCAUCUCCACUCAGCGCGGGACUUUUCACUCCGACUUCCGGCUCUCCAGGAGCGACCAGGGCUUCUGAGGUCAUCACGUGCCGCUUCUGAGAAAGCUAUUUGUGUGUGUGUGUGUGUGUGUGUGUGUGUGUGUGUGUGUGUGUGUGUCUGUGUCCGUGUCCGUGUCCGGCUUGGAGUAGGCAACAUGCCGCUGGCGCAGCUGGCUGACCCGUGGCGGAAGAUGGCCAUAGGGAUUGAGAAUCAUUACAGCAGCCUUCCAGAGAUCGUCACGUCCAGUGAUUUACAUCGUGACUCGCCUUCUGUAUUGGAUCUGGACACACAGCAGGUUCUGGAGGACUCUUUAGGAGACGAUGACAACCUGCCAUGUCAAGAUGACGUUCCGGUGAAGGAGAUCAGCAUCACGCAUCACGUCAAAGAGGGAUCCGAGAAGGCCGACCCCCAGCAGUUCGAGCUGCGCAAGGUCCUGGGUCAGGGCUCCUUCGGAAAGGUGUUUCUGGUGAAGAAGAUCACCGGGCCGGAUGCAGGACAGCUGUACGCCAUGAAGGUGCUGAAAAAAGCAACGCUGAAAGUCCGCGAUCGUGUCAGGACUAAGAUGGAGCGAGACAUCCUGGUGGAGGUGAAUCACCCGUUCAUCGUUAAGCUGCACUACGCAUUCCAGACGGAGGGAAAGCUUUAUCUGAUUCUCGACUUCCUGAGAGGAGGAGAUCUGUUCACUCGUCUGUCCAAAGAGGUGAUGUUCACUGAGGAGGAUGUGAAGUUUUACCUGGCCGAGCUGGCUUUAGCACUGGACCAUCUGCACAGCUUGGGAAUCAUCUACCGGGACCUCAAACCAGAGAACAUCCUGCUGGAUGAUGAAGGACACAUCAAACUGACCGACUUCGGCCUGAGUAAGGAGUCGAUCGAUCACGAGAACAAGGCGUACUCGUUCUGCGGGACGGUGGAGUACAUGGCUCCCGAGGUGGUGAACCGGCGAGGCCACACCCACAGCGCCGACUGGUGGUCGUACGGCGUGCUCAUGUUUGAGAUGUUAACUGGAACGCUUCCCUUCCAAGGCAAGGACCGCAAAGAGACCAUGACCAUGAUCCUAAAGGCUAAGCUGGGCAUGCCUCAGUUCCUCAGCUUGGAGGCUCAGAGUCUCCUCCGCAACCUGUUUAAACGGAACCCCUCUAACCGGCUGGGUGCAGGUCCAGACGGAGUUGAAGAAAUAAAGAGACACCACUUUUACGCUUCUAUUGACUGGAACAAAUUAUACAGACGAGAGCUUCAUCCUCCUUUCAAACCUGCUUCUGGGAGACCUGACGACACGUUUUACUUCGACCAAGAAUUCACAGCGAAAACCCCCAAAGAUUCACCAGGUGUGCCCCCUAGUGCCAAUGCUCAUCAGCUCUUCAGAGGUUUCAGCUUUGUGGCCAUCAGCUCAGAAGAGGAAACGCAGCCAUUGCAGAGUAACGUGAGCUCUAUAGUGCAGCAGCUUCACAGGAACACGUCUCAGUUCGCCGACUUGUACGAUGUGAAGGAGGACAUCGGCGUCGGCUCGUACUCCAUCUGCAAACGCUGCAUUCAGAAAAGCACCAGCAUGGAGUACGCUGUCAAGAUCAUCAAUAAAGCCAAAAGGGAUCCAAACGAGGAGGUGGAAAUCCUCUUGCGCUAUGGCCAGCAUCCAAACAUCAUCACACUGAAGGAUGUGUAUGACGACGGCCGCUCGGUUUUCCUGGUGACUGAGCUGCUUAAAGGAGGAGAGCUGCUGGAUAAAAUCCUCCGCCAGAAGUUCUUCUCUGAGAGGGAGGCCAGUGCAGUGCUCUACACCAUCACCAAGACUGUGGAGUACCUUCAUACACAAGGGGUGGUCCACAGAGACCUCAAACCGAGUAAUAUUCUUUACGUGGACGAAUCCGGAAACCCCGAGUCCAUCCGGAUCUGCGACUUUGGCUUUGCCAAGCAGCUGAGGGCGGAGAACGGCCUCCUGAUGACGCCAUGCUACACGGCUAACUUUGUAGCACCGGAGGUGCUGAAGAAGCAGGGUUACGACGCUGCGUGUGAUAUCUGGAGUCUGGGAGUUCUUCUCUACACAAUGCUUACAGGCUUCACUCCGUUCGCUAACGGACCUGAGGACACUCCUGAGGAGAUUCUGGCUAGGAUCGGCAGCGGGAAGUUCUCACUCACCGGCGGAUACUGGAACUCCGUCUCCCCCGAGGCCAAGGAUCUGGUAUCUAAAAUGCUCCACGUCGACCCUCAUCAGAGAUUGACGGCAGCUCAGGUGUUGAGGCAUCCGUGGAUCGUUCACAAAGACCAGCUACCGAAAUACCAGCUCAACCGACAGGACGCUCCUCAUCUGGUCAAGGGUGCCAUGGCGGCGACGUACUCCGCUCUGAGCAGGAACGUUCCACCCGUUCUGGAACCGGUCGGCUGCUCGUUUCUCGCUCAGCGGCGAGGGGUAAAGAAAGUGACCUCUACUGCUCUCUGAGGCUCCGCCCACCACACCACCCAACCAACCACAGACCUCGCGGCAUGGCGUUAGCACCCCCCCAACCCCCGACACCUAGCCUUGAAGCCCAGCUGAUACGCCCGCCUGCCCCUCGAUUACAAGAAAGCCCAGACUCUGAUGCCCCCUGGUGGACCAUUUAUAACUUCCUCAUCUCUGUUCGAAGUGGAUCGGAAAAAUCGAUACAAAUCCGGAACGUUCUGUGGACUAUUUUUUUUUUUUUUCCAGGAAACCAGAGACUCGUGCAUAUGAACUUGUAAUAUACUGUAAUAUUAGUUUUAUAAAACUGAUAGAGAACAAUCUUAUUGUAUUGAAGAGACUGGGCUGUUGUACUAAGAAAUGGUAUCAGAUAUCGAUAAAUAUAAGCUAUUUCUCAGAAAAACAA